AUGGGCGCGAAAAAGCGAAAAUCACGAAAACCGACGGACGCGCCGUUGCCGCCGCCGUCUGAGAGUGAAUCCGAGGUGGACUACGAGGAUGUCAAGUUUUUGAAGAAAAAUGCGGCGUACGCCAAGUUCAUCGCGGGCUCAAAGUUUGACACAGGAGACGGCAAGCCGCGAAAGGCGGCGGUGGCGGACGAAGAUGAGGCGCCGGAGGUUCGCUACGAGCGCGAGCGCGCAUUGAAGGAGCGAGAUGAGCGAAAAGCGAUUUUAGCGGCGGAACGCGUGAAGAGAGAGACACCGGAGGAGGAGCGGCCGUUGGCGCUGCCAGUGAAGCGAUUGGACGGGACGGUGGUGCGAGACGCGCACGCGCCGGCGGAUGCUCCGGAGAGCGCCAGCGAGGAAGGGGAGGACGACGGCGACGAUGACGGACGCGGGUGGACGGACGUGGGUAGGGGUGAUGGGAAGAUGUUGGGUAAGAAGGCGCUGGCGAGGGAGAUACGCGAGAGCGAUCUCGGGAGGGAGACGACGAAGUCGAAGAAGAACGACAAGUGGUGGGAAAAGCCAAGCGUGGAGGAUGAGAAGCGGGCGAGGGAGGAGGCAAAGAGGAAAGCGAAGAAGAGUUCCGAUGACUCGGAGAGUGAGGCCGACGACGACAAAGAGGCUUUGAAGUCGAAGCUAGCCGAGAAAAGGCGGGCGGAGCGAGUGGCGCUCGAGGCAGAGAUGAGCGCCGAGGCGCGAAGAGAGAGCGUACGCGUGCGCAUUGCCACCACGUGUCAGAGCCUGAUCGAGGAUCCGGAGACGCGCUGGAAGGAGCUGAAAGAGGUCAGCACGCUUGCAGAAGAUAGAGAUCAAGAAGUCGCGCGCAUCGCGUCCCUCUCUCUCGCUCUUGUGUAUCGAGAUAUAUGUCCGGGAUAUCGCAUUCGUCCGACAACGGAGAAGGAGGCGCACAUGAAGGUGAGCAAGGAGGUGAUGAAGACGCGUGCUUUUGAGACCGGUUUGCUCAAUCAUUACAAGGCGUACGUCAAAAUGCUCGUUCGUUGCUCUGGGGCGAAAAAAUCGCGGGCGCAGCGCGGCAAGGGUGGACCAGACUCGGAAUCUGCGCUGAAAUGUCUGUGUGCGCUUCUCGUGGGAUUGCCGAGCUUCAACUUCCGCACGGAUGUCAUGUCCGCCAUCGUGCCUGUGUUCGGAUUUCGAGACGUCGAACUCGCGAAACUCGUCGCCAAAUCUCUGGGUGAGGCGGUAGAGAACGACGUGCGCGGUGAUAUCACGCUCGAGGCGUUACACAUGACAGCACAGCUCGUCAAGCAGAGCAAGUGUAACAUUCAUCCGUGCGCGUUUGAUUACAUUCUCAAGGUUCGUUUCGAUGAGGGUAUCCUAGUACCGAUGAUCAGAGAUAAGAAGGAUGUUCUUUCUCGAAAGCAGACCUUCAAGAAGAAGCAAGAAGAGCGCGAUAAGAUCAGACGUGCGCGCGCGGAGAAGAUGCGCAAGCAGCAAGACAAGGAACGCAUGAAGUCCUUUGGACACGUGGCCGACUCCUCGGACGACAGCGAUGACGACGAGGCGGCGUUGAACCGAGACGUAGACGAAGGUUCGGCGGUGAUGAGCUACGGUGAGAAGAAGAAGAUGCAGAGCCGGCUUUUGGAGGCGACGUUCGAGAUGUACUUUCGUGUGUUGAAAAACGCAGCUAGCCCCGAGCCGACGCCGGGUCUGCCCAUGUUAAGCGCCGCGCUCACCGGUUUAGCCAAGUUCACACACCUCAUCUCGAUCGAUUUCCUGGGUGAUCUCAUGGAGGUGUUUAGAAAGCUCUUAGCCAAGGAUGACUUCCUCUCUGACGCCCUCAAGGCGCAGACUUUGCUCACUGCUUGCGAAAUUUUGAGCGGCCACGGCGAGGUCCUUCAGGUGGAUACAGGCGAAUUUUACCGGCAGCUCUACGCCAUGCUGGGCAAACCCAGCGCCGGCGCCGCCGGUUGGCAGGAUGGGAUGUCAUUAACGGAUCAGAAAGCGCUCGAUCACGGCACACUGCGCGUUCGUGCCAUUCAGAGAUUCGUCGGCGGUUUCAAGCAAGUCGAUCAGGCGCGUAUGGCGGCGUUUUCCAAGCGUCUCGCCUCUGCCUCGAUCGGCAUGGAGGCAGGUGAGUGCUUGGGAUCCCUCGGCGUCGUUCGGCAGAUCCUUGCAUCGUAUCCUCGCGUGCGUAAUCUCCUCGAGAAUGAGCGCAUCGGUAACGGAGUGUUCCAGAUGGAUUUGGACGAUCCCGAGCACGCGCAAGGCCUUUCUGCCGUGCUCUGGGAUCUGUGCCUGCUCGCUCGACACUACCAUCCAACGUGUGCGGCUGCGGCGACAGAGGUGGCGAGCCUUCCAUUGAGCGGCGCGAUUGCCCCCCCACCUGGCUCUCACGCUCCGAGUGAGCUCGCGAAAGCGUACUCCACCUUGCGAGGCGACUUCAACCCGCCGAUUCCAGAGCCGCAACCGCCGCGAAACAAACCACGCGCGCCGAUCGAGCAAAAGUCCUUCGUCGACAUCCACAACGCCGCUUUCGAACGAGUAUUAGUCGACAUCGACGUCAAAUCAGCCGCCACCGCCGCCACCACCGCCUUCCGUCGAUACUUCCGUCGAGUCCGAGCGCACAGCGAGAACACUCGGCUUCGAGCCGAACGCGCUCGAUUCGGGCGCCUCGUCGCCGCCAUCGGCGCGCACCGCGCCGAGCGCGAGGCGCGAGGCAUCGAAGAAGAUGAAUAUUAA